AUGAGGUGUGCGGUCCUCUUUCAUCUUUUAGAGUCUUCUAUUGAGGCGGUGGUGGCGUGGCAGCGUUGGAGUGGACCAUCUGGAGGCGGCGGCCAGAAUAGCCCUAGGGUGAAAGAAGGUGAAAUUCCAUACAAAAAAGGGUUAUGGACAAAGGAGGAAGACAGAUUACUCAUUGAUUAUGUCAAGGUCCAUGGAAAAGGACAAUGGAAUAAAAUAGCCAACAGAACAGGUUUGAAGAGAUGUGGGAAAAGUUGUCGGCUAAGGUGGAUGAAUUAUCUGAGCCCCAACAUUAAAAAGGGAGAAUUCUCUGAGGAGGAAGAAGACCUUAUCAUUAGACUUCACAAGCUUCUUGGAAACAGGUGGUCUUUGAUUGCUAAACGGGUUCCAGGACGAACUGAUAAUCAAGUGAAGAACUACUGGAACAGUCAUUUGAGGAGGAAACUAGGAAUCAAUGAUCAAAAUGAGAAAAGGGUCUAUUUUCGUCAAAGUUCAAAGCAAGUGAAAGCGGGUGAUGAUCAUCAUCAGGCAGCCGUGGAUCCAAGUCCUGGAGAUGGCAUCACCAGUACUGAAACCAUUGAAAUAACAGUGGAUCAAAGCACCCAGCAAGCCAUUGAUCAUAGGGUCUUAAACGACACUCAAGAAUCAAUGGCCAGCACCAGUUAUAUGACCACUUCCUGGAUUCCUGACGCUGAUUAUGAGCUAAGUACACUUGCCAUGACUGACCACUUCAAUGGAUAUUCUUCUUUCGAUCUUGCUUAAUAGCUACAAACUGUAACUACAACUAGGGUAUUAUUUUCGGGUAUGGAUGCUUGUCUAACAUGA